AUGAAUUCUGAAGAGAAUACAGAAGAGUAUCCUUUUGCAGAUAUAUUUAAUGAAGAUGAAGCUGAAUAUAACUUUUUGCUGUCUAAACCUGUUUGCUUUGUUAUAUUUGGGAAACCAGGGGUUGGGAAGACAACCUUAGCCCGUCAGAUAACACAAGCAUGGAAAUGUAUUCGUGUAGAAGCUUUACCAAUUUUGGAAGAACAGAUUGCCAGUGAAACUGAAUCAGGAGUUAUGUUGCAAUCAAUGCUGCUCGGUGGUCAAAGCAUUCCAGAUGAACUCGUCAUGAAGCUAAUGUUGGAGAAGCUCAACUCCCUGGAAGUUUCUCACUUUGGUUAUAUUGUCACUGAACUACCAUCACUUUCACAGGAUGCCAUAACUACUUUGCAGCAAAUAGAAUUAAUUAAAAAUUUAAAUUUGAAACCUGAUAUAAUAAUCAAUAUUAAGUGCCCCGACUACGAUUUAUGCCAAAGAAUUUCUGGGCAAAGGCAGCACAGUAGUACAGGGUACAUAUACAGAAGAGAUCAGUGGGAUCCUGAAGUCAUUGAAAAUCGCAGGAAAAAGAGGAAAGAAGCCCAAAAAGAAGGAAAAGGAGAAGAGGAAGGGGAAGAGGAAGAAGAGCAAGAAGAAGAAGAGGCAUUUAUUGCAGAAAUGCAGAUGGUGGCUGAAAUUCUUCAACACGUAGUCCAGAGACCUGAGGAUUAUUUAGAAAAUAUUGAGAACGUUGUUAAACUUUACAAGGAACUAAUUCUUCAUUCUUUAGAAGAAGUAAUGGCUGAACACAAUUCCCAGUAUCUCAUUGAGCUCGAUGGAAAUAAGCCCCCAGAGGAGCUCUUCAUGGUAAUUAUGGACCGACUUAAAUAUCUGAACCUAAAAAGAGCAGCUGUUUUAACUAAACUUCAGAGUGCAGAAGAAGAAAUUAAUGACAUAAUGGACAAUGAUGAGCUGUUCCGUACUCUUGCAUCUUAUAAACUUAUCGCACCAAGGUAUAGAUGGCAGAGAAGCAGAUGGGGACGUACAUGUCCUGUGACUUUAAAAGAAGGUAACAUUUAUCCAGGACUACCAGACUUUUCCGUGAGUUUUCUAGGUAAAAUGUACUGUCUUUCAUCAGAAGAAGCAUUAAAAAAAUUUUUAUUGAACCCACGUCCCUAUCUUCUUCCGCCUAUGCCGGCACCACCAUUUAAAGUAUUCAUAUUUGGACCUCAGUCUUCAGGGAAAACAACACUUAGCAAUUUGCUUGCAGAAAAUUACAAAGGAAAGGUAAUUGACUAUGCCAAACUUGUUCAACCACGUUUUGAUAAAGCCCUUCAGUCAUUAAUAAGCGAUACUAUCGCUGAGGCCACCGAAGCAGCGAUUAAAGCUGUGAAAGAACAGCUUCUCACAAAACUACAAGCUGAAAGACAAGGUGAACUAUCUCUUUUAAAUGCAUGUUCUAAGCUUAGGUCAACAGUUCAGCCUGGCUGCCUGAGGGCUAGGACCUGGUUUGCUCUCCUCGAUCCCCUAGCAUGUUAUUCAACAGAAGACUCAAUAGAAGAGGUAACUGCAGAUCAUCCAGAGGUUCUUUCUAUAAUAGAGGAGACUGUAAAAAUGACAAAGGAUAUGAACUUUGAACAUCCAUAUGAAAAACAUGCUGAAAUCCUAGAGGAAAUCAUCAAAGAGGCUGUUGAAGAAAACACAAAUAGGUCUUCUAGCACCCCAAAACAUGGAGGAUGGAUCCUGGACAACUGCCCUAUUAUAAAAGAACUGUGGAUAGUCUUAGUCGAGAAAGGAAUUAUACCUGACUUAGUAAUCUGCUUAUCAGAUACAGAAAACAAUGGAAAAUAUUUACUGAAUAGACUGUAUUUAGAGAAUAAACCUGAAAUUGACUCUAAGAUUUUGGAAAGAUUAUUAGAUGAACUACAAAAGAAAAAAAAAGAGGAAGAAGAAGCAAGAAAAGCCACUGAAGAGGCAUUGAGAAUACAAGAAAACCAAAGCCUGUUGGAAGCUAUGAAUGAGAAAGCAAAAGAACUAGAAGAGACUGAUCCAGAGACUGAAGAGGAGAUUGAAGGUGAGGAGUCUGAAGCUCAGGAAGGGUCUGAGGCCCUGGAAGUAGCCGAGGAGACCAGGGGAUCCUUACCUGAGGAACCUGAAGUGCCGGAGGUCCCUGAAACAGAACCUGAAUCAGUAUCUGAGCCUGGGGAGGAUACUACAGUUGGAACAGACAUUUCAAAAGGAUCCAAAGAGGCCCUGGAAAUUAAAGAAUUGUCGGAAACAGUUGUACUCCCUGAGUUUCCAGAAGAUGCUUAUCCUGAUGUUCCUGAAAUGGAGCCAAUUAAAGAGAAGGUUAAAAAUUUCAACUUUGGCUGGAAACAGCUGGAACCAGCAAUCCAUGAGUCUUUCGUUCAAAUUUUAAACUUGGAGAUUGCUGACAAAACACCAGAGGAACUACUUCAAAAAGUAGUUGAGAUUAUGGAAAAACCCUUCCAGUAUGCAGGAUGGGAGUUAACUAUGGAAGAUUAUGAUGAAGAAACAGAAGACUAUCAGGCCGACGCUGAAGUUGAGGAGGAGCUAGAAGAAGAAGAGGAAGAAGAGGAAGAGAAUGAAGAAAGAAUUAAAGAGAAGAGAAGGCACUUGGGAGAUAGCAAGCACUUUUGUCCAGUGGUUCUCAAAGAAAACUUCAUCCUACAGCCAGGCAGCAUAGAAGAAGCAGCUAAAUAUCGAGAAAAGAUCUACUACUUUUCAAGUCCUGAGGCUAGAGAAAAGUUUCUGGAGCAUCCUGAGAAGUACGUGGCUCAUAAUGAGCCAUUAAAGGCUCCUCCAAUAAGAAUAUGCCUUCUGGGCCCACAUGGCUCUGGUAAAACUGUCUGUGGAAGAUACUUAGCAGAAAAAUUGGGCAUUUUUCACAUUCAGUUUGAAGAAUUUCUUCAAGAAAAACUAAUGCUCAAAACUGGAAAGAAAAUAGGAACUGAAUUUGAAGAAGAUUCUGAGGAAGAACAGUUUGCAAAACAAGAACUUGAAGAACUUGCCAUUCAGGCCAAUGUCAAGAUUGAAGAAGAAAAUACAAAGAAACCGUCUCCAGAAGUACAAUUUACAGAAGAAGAAGAAGCAAUCAGAUUAAAUCUAAUGGAAAAUGAGCCACUGCCUCCCGAAAUUCUUGAAACAAUUCUUUCUGAGUGGUGGCUUAAGGAACCAAUGCGUUCCACAGGUUUUAUAUUAGAUGGUUUCCCACGAUAUCCUGAUGAGGCCCUGUUUCUGGGGGAACAUGGGUUUUUCCCAGAUGCUGCUGUUUUCAUACAAGUUGAUGAUCAAGAUGUUUCUGAUCGCCUCCUUCCUUCCCAAAUUGAAAAGUGGAAACUGAAACAAAAGAAGAAAUUAGAAAGGAAAAAACACAUCAAAGAAAUGAAGGCAAAAAUCAAGGAUGAUAUGAUUUCUAAAAGAAGGGCUGAACUUAUAGCAGAGAGAGAGAAAAAACAGAAAGGGGAGACACACAGGGAAGAUGAAGAUUUUAGUGAAGAAGAGCCUGAAGAAGAGGAAGAUGAUAUUGACAACAUCCUUGAAGAUGAAUUUCCAAAAGAUGAGGAAGUGAUGAGUGAGGAAGAUGAAGAACAGGAAAUUGAUGCACUUGAACGCCUGAGAGGUGAACUGGGAGAAAAAUUUGAAACAGAUAUGAAUAAUUUACAAGUAAUACAGGAUGAAUGUGAGAAGCUUAUGAUACCAGUAAUUCUCAUUAAUGGAGCUCGGAAAAUCCAUAUUGUACAAUAUAAUUUGAAUAUGAAACUGAAACCACUGGUAGAGAAUCGUGAGAGCAUUUUUGAAAAAUGUUAUCCAAUAGCAUCACACCUUGCCCAGAAAAUGCUGAACUACACCUAUAAGCAUAUAAGUGCAUUUGGCUACUGGGACCCUGUAAAGCUAAGGGAAGGAGAGACAAUCAAGCCAAUUGAAACUUCAGAGAAUCCAGUUUAUGCUGUAAUCCAUCGUCAGUAUAUUUAUUUUUUAUCUAGUAAGGAAUCUAGAGAAAAAUUUAUGAAGAACCCAAUCAAAUAUAUCCGCCAACCCAAACCUAAGCCUACUAUGCCCAUUAGGAUUGCAAUUCUGGGGCCUCCAAAAUCUGGGAAAACUACAGUUGCCAAAAAAAUUUCAAGUGAAUAUGGCUUAAAGCGCUUGUCAAUAGGAGAGGCGAUGCGUUAUGUAUUAAACAGCCAACCAGAAACAGAGCUGGCGCUCAUGUUAAAUUGGCAUCUUCAUAAAGGAAUGACAGCACCUGAUGAACUGGCUAUUCAAGCCUUAGAAAUAUCUCUGAUGGAAAGUAUAUGUAAUACUGCGGGUGUUGUCAUCGAUGGCUAUCCUGUAACUAAGUAUCAAAUCAGCCUCCUGGAAUCUAGGUCAAUCAUUCCCAUGGUCAUCUUUGAGCUGGAUGUGCCUUCCAAGGAGAUUUUCAAAAGAUUGUUCCUGGAAAAAAAAAAGGAACCAAGUUUGCCUUAUCCACUGCACAAUAGCACACAAAUUAUGGCAGUCAAAAACUCAAAACACCGCAAAAAUAUUAAUGAGAUUAGGCAAUAUUAUCAAGAACAACAUCAGAACUGGUAUGUGAUUGAUGGAUUUCACAGCAAAUGGUGGGUGUGGAAUGAAGUCAUUAAGAAAGUUCAAAUGGUGAAUAAAUAUAUGCAGACAUACCUGGAAAGAAUAAACGCAGGAAAAGCUGCAUGCAUUGACAAGUUAUGUAUCACACCUCAAGAACUGAUUUCUCGCCUGGGGGAAUUUGGACAGUUCUGCCCUAUCAGCCUGGCCGAAUCAUAUGAGCUCGUUGAUUGUUCUGUAACUGAGUCACUGAAAUUUGCAGCAGAGUUCAGAGGGCACUAUUAUAAAAUGAGUUCUCAGGAAAAUCUGAAUAAAUUUUUGAAGAACCCAGAAUUGUAUGUGCCUCCGUUAGCACCUCAUCCUCUACCACCUGCUGACAUGAUCCCCAAAAGGCUGACGCUGUCGGAGCUGAAGAGUCGAUUCCCUAAGUGUGCGGAGCUCCAGGGCUACUGUCCAGUGACCUAUCAGGAUGGAAAUCACAGGUUGCCGCAGAAAUACUGGAAUCAGAAGCUUCCAUACAAACUGCCCCCAUUAAAGGAGCCCAUACACCUCACAAGUCUUCCUUUGCCUGGAUAUCUGGAACAGGGUAUUGCAACUUCACUAAUUAAAGCAAUGAAUGCAGCAGGAUGUUUAAAGCCCAAAUUCCCCUUCUUAAGUGUAAAGAGAUCUGCACUGCUAUUUAUAGCUUUUCACCUAAAAGCCUACAAUCCCAAUGGUUCUGAAUAUACAAAAAGGAAGUAUAAGAAGAAGAUGGACCAAUUUUUGGAGAGAUGUGAACUCAUUACAUAUCUGGGUGCCAAGAUGACCAAAAAAUACAAGGAACCUCAGUUUAGAGCCAUUGACUUCGAUCAUAAAUUACAGACCUUUCUCUCUCUUAAAAAUAUAGACCCAGUUAAUGGAUAG